AUGGCCCCCCCAACCCCCUGCCUGUCCCUUCGCCGGGCGCUCAUCGCCCAUCAUAGCCACAUCGGCGGCCGGCGCUGCUCGCCACUGUACCCGGACGAGAAAUCUAACGCUUCGCGCCGAUUAGGCGACACUUUUACCUGGUCCGAGGCCCUCAGUGCCGAGUGCUCCCUUUCCCUCGGUGGCCCUGUCUCUCCCCAGAACCGGACCCCAUCACGCCACUACGGUCACCAGCGUCCCGCGUCGAUCGCCUCGAGGGAUCAGCCUGUGCAAGAAAUUCCCAAGCAGCCAAAGCAGAACAAGCCCGGUUUCGUCGAAAAGAAGAUCCUACAUGGCGAGUUCAUGGACUAG